UUAAUUAUUUAGAUUGCAAAAAAAUUUGUGAAUCACUUUGCCAAAUUAUACAAGUGACAUGAUAUAUAACUAACUUUUCUCCUAAACAACACCAUUGUAACCAAAUUUAAUUUAAGAAAAACACCACUUCACAGUACUGGACAUUGUAAUAAAGCAAUUCAUAGUUGUGUGUAAUAAAAAAAAAACAAAUCAAAACACCACCAGAAUUUGAAUCGUCAUCGCUGGAGCUGGAGUCGUCAUCGCCGAAGCUCAAAUCAUCAUCACUGGAGCUCGAAUCAUCAUCGCCGGAACUCCUUAUGUUUUAUGGGAGAAAAAUCACAAGAAUCGCUUUCUUCUCACUCUCUUUCUCGUUUUUUAAGUAAAAUAAGAAACAAAGAAAAAAAAUGCGGGUCCAUGUAAAAGACCCAGUCCCGCAAAAGGCCCAAUCCCGCAAAAACCCGUCCCACGAGGCCCGCAAAUUUGCGAACCUAGAAAGCCUCGUCCCAAUAUCGUUCCAUGACAGUUCUUUACGGGCCAGGCCCACGGUCCAUAUUCAUGAUUGUCAUCUCUAUUCUGGAUGGUUAAAAAUUACAAAACUAUAUGCGAUAAAAUGAUAUCAUUCAUUCAUUCAAACGUAACGUUCUAAAUUUUCAACCUGUGAUAAAAAAAAUCUCUGAGAGGAUGAUGACGAUGAUCGAAGUUUCUGAAACAGUACACUUUAUUUUUCAACCUUUGGGAUUUGCUCUGUUUAAUCUCCAAAUAUAGAUGAAAAUAGCUUCUAGUACUUCUAUAUUUGGAAGCGGCAACAGUAACGGUCUAAUUACCAUGUAAUGGACAUUUAUAUAACCCAGUAACACCUUCACGUGUUCCAAUUUGUUCCAUAAGCCUCAAGACUCAACAAAAUCAGUUAAUAAUUAAAAAAAACAUUGCCCUCGUUCAGUCUAAAUGGGGAGAAACCAAGGCUGGUGCUUGUUUGUGGCGGCGGCUGUGGUCGCAGCAUUGUUACCAGCACCAACCAUGGCGGGUCGUCUAGAGCUAAAGAACGAAAUCUCGGGGGUGACUGGUGUCCGGAAAUUGAAGCUGGCCGUGCGGUGCUGGUCGAACGAGGACGACCUAGGGUGGGAUACGCUAAAGCCAAUGCAAUCACGGGUAUGGAAGUUCACGACAAUGAACAUGUGGCCUUUCCAGAAAACCGAGUUCCGGUGCCAGUUUCGUAGCGGGUUUGGAACAACGAGCCAAGACGUGGUGACAGUGUUCUCUGUCCAAAGCGGGUUCCGGAAAGAGUGUGGAGAUGGAGGAGACGAGUGCAUUUGGGUGGCGAAGAGAGAUGGUUUCUAUCAGAGAAGGAUCGUAAGGGAUGAGAAUGGUCGUAAGAGCUUUGUUGAUAUACUCAAAAGCAAAUGGGUUUGGAAAUGGUGAUUAAUUCAAUACUUCAAUACGAUUUUUAAUCAAAAACAUUCAUUAUACGGGUUAAAUCCACGUGAUAACAUAGUUAUAGCAUGGCUAUAACCACUAAACUACAUGUUUAGAUCUUACCAAUCAAUAUUUUUAUUCAUUUUCUUACCUCUCUUUGUUAGACUGGGACGUUAGUUUAUUGACACAGAUAUACAUAUGGUUAUAUAGAUACACACACAUAAGUAUACAUGAAAAUUUACGAUACUAAAGAGAAAGCCGUAACAUUUCAUUAUUUCUUAUAUUACAAAAUAGUGUAGGUGAUCUCUAAUCCUGAGUAAAAACCAUGAAAAUUAGUGUUGAUGUAAAAGAACACCCGGCGUAAACUCUUUUGGUUUCAAUUUCUGUUGGAAACAAAAUUACUAUUGUUUGUUUGGAUUUGGAUCCACGCAGUUUACAUAAUAGUUUCGUAACAUGCAAUUUGAUUAUUUGCUUGUAUGCUAAAAAAUGUUUCAAACUCAGAUCAAAUAGUAUGAUAUCUAAUUCAUUCUAUCACACUAUAUGAGUUUUGAAU